CCCCGGAGCCGCGCCACAAAGGGCCCGCGCGCAGCCGCCGCCGCCGCCGCCGCCGCCGCGCGAGGAGCCAGGAUGGUCCUGGUCCACGUCGGCUAUCUCGUGCUUCCAGUGUUUGGCUCUGUGCGAAACAGAGGUGCCCCCUUUCAAAGGUCUCAGCAUCCUCACGCUACCUCCUGCCGCCACUUCCACCUGGGCCCCCCGCAGCCGCAGCAGCUCGCUCCCGACUUCCCGCUGGCCCACCCCGUGCAGUCGCAGCCAGGCCUCAGCGCCCACAUGGCCCCGGCCCACCAGCACAGCGGCGCCCUGCACCAGUCGCUGACCCCGCUGCCCACCCUGCAGUUCCAGGACGUCACAGGUCCCUCCUUCCUACCUCAGGCCCUGCACCAGCAAUACCUCCUGCAGCAGCAGCUCCUGGAAGCCCAGCACCGCAGGCUCGUCUCGCACCCCAGGCGGAGUCAGGAGCGUGUAUCUGUCCACCCCCACCGCCUCCACCCCAGCUUCGACUUCGGCCAACUGCAGACACCUCAGCCCAGGUAUUUGGCUGAGGGCACUGACUGGGAUCUCAGUGUGGACGCUGGCUUGAGUCCUGCUCAGUUCCAGGUGCGGCCCAUCCCUCAGCACUAUCAGCAUUACCUAGCGACUCCUCGAAUGCACCACUUUCCCAGAAACUCCUCCUCCACGCAGAUGGUCGUCCAUGAAAUCCGAAACUACCCUUAUCCUCAGCUUCACUUCCUUGCUCUCCAGGGACUAAAUCCCAGCAGACACACCUCCGCCGUACGGGAGAGCUAUGAGGAGCUGCUGCAGCUCGAGGACAGGUUGGGUAAUGUGACUCGGGGAGCUGUACAGAACACCAUUGAGAGGUUCACCUUCCCCCACAAGUAUAAGAAGCGAAGACCCCAGGAUGGCAAGGGCAAGAAGGAUGAGGGGGAGGAGUCAGACACAGAUGAGAAAUGCACAAUUUGUCUGUCUAUGCUGGAAGAUGGAGAAGAUGUGAGACGCCUACCCUGUAUGCAUCUCUUUCACCAACUGUGCGUGGACCAGUGGCUCGCCAUGAGCAAGAAAUGCCCCAUCUGCCGAGUGGACAUUGAGACACAACUGGGAGCCGACAGCUGAGGGAGGAAUUAGCCAGUGGACACCCCAUUUCCUUCACCAGGUCCCCCCACGGCCAUAGCCCUUGCAGCCAAACUUUGCCUUCUGAGCCAUUUGACGUAGAGGAAAAGCCUGCAAGCACAUUUUGUGGAAAGAGGAGUUGGUGGUAUCGGUGUCGAGGGAGAGGAGGGGGUGGGGGAGGACCCACCUCUCCAGAAUGGUGACUGUCCCCAUCCGCCCAGCUGAGCAGGAGAGAGGGAGCUGGCCGUGCCCAGCGCAAGGGCGGGAAGGAGGGGCCCAGGCUGCGGAGAACCCAGGUGGGAUCCUGAAGGCACUAGCUGACAGACGGGCCCCUCAAUCCUGUCCUCUGAAGGAUUGUAUAUAUACCUCUCGACCAUGUAGGAACCAUGUAGGGGUCUCUAGCUAUUUCUGUGGAUGGCAGCCAGAGCAUGUUAGCUUAAGAAAAAUGUUGUGUGUGGUGCUCUAGUCAUCUUGUGGUGGACAUGUCGCUAUUACCGAAUUCGCACCAAAUAUUUCUCAUUGAGUUUCUUGUUUUGGUGCCUGACCGAACCAACGACAGCCCCAAUCUUCCCGUCUUUAUGAGAGAAAAGGAAAAAGGAAUCAAAGGUAGAAGAAAAAAAAGCCAAAUUCUGUUUAGGGUGAAAAAGGAUUUUGUUUUUCACCCAAUUUGGGAGGCGGGAGGGGGGUUCUCGUUUCGUUUUUGUUUUUGUUUUUACCUUGGCUUUUGUUUUUCUCAUGUUUACAGUGCACGGAGUGUAGAAGGGAGUCUGGGAGAGGGAGAGCUGGAAAAGGAGCUGAUGGGGUCUUAUUCCAGCCUCUGAGGGUUCAGCCGAGGUGAGGGAAGGCAGCAGAGCUCCAGUAGGUGAAGGGAGAGUUCAGCUAGGCGGGGCUCCCCAGGCCCAGGGCUCAACUGCAUGACCCCAGUUAUAACCCCCACCCAGUUCCACACUAAACCAGGGAGGGCUCAGCCCUCAGCUACAGCUUCUCGCUGUGUUACUGGGAGUGGAGAGGCCCAUGCUCACUCCAACUCCUUCCUUUAGGUUGUGCUCUUGCCUGUCACAAAGAGGCAACAUAGCCACUGCCUCCCUAUGCAAAAAAUUAACCAGAUGAUGCAGAUAAGACAGCAUAGGUGAUGGCCCCUUUGUCUUGGCCACAGUGCUCUCAGACAGCACUCAGGGCUGAGGUCAAUACCGCGGACCUUGGGGAGGAAGCUGAGCAUCCCCUGGGAUGUCUCCAGUUCUGAUACAGUCCCUCAGAGAUGGCCCUGACUCUGAGGCCACAUCAGCUGGGUUUGGGAGGCCCCUCAACUUGGUUUGGGAGGCCCCGUGUCCCUGGUCUCUGGCUCCUUCUCUGACUCUUUGAUAAUCUUGGGCAAGUCCCUUUCUUUUUCUGUGCCUCAGUUUCCUUCUCCUUUGAGUGGGGAGAGAUAACAGUGCAAACCCAUUUCUGGUCCUGCUACCUCACCUAGAUGUUGUGAGGAUUCGUAUUCUCUGUUCAGUGUGUUCUAUGCUCUCUUCUGAGAAGCUCGUGGGGUGUCGGGAGGGGGGUACUGGGAGACACAGACCUGAUACAGUGUGUCUUUCUGCACCACCUCACAAUUUUCCUGAACCCCAAAGGGAGCAGAGAGAUAAGAGGACAGAAGAAUGGAGAUGGGAAAAUCCACCAAAUUCCAAUCCAAACCCAACUUUCUUUCUCCCUAUGUGGAAGACACCAGAUUAGCUGGAAUUCUGCCACCUUCCUUUGUGCCCCACCCCGCACCGUUCCCCCAUUUGCACUGCUCUCUAAGUCUCCCCCUCACCUCCAUCCCUAACCCAGUCUCAAUGCCCUCAUAUCAGUAGGACCCGGGUGAGGGGGACAGGAUACUUGUCACGUAUUUGAAGAAAUUCCAUACAGUGAAGGAAAUUUGAGUCUGUAUUGCUGCUACAAGGGUAAAACCAGUACCAAUGGGUAAAAGUAACAGGCGGGCAGAUCUUAGCUUGAGGAAGAGCUUCUAGCACGAUAGGUUCAUGCGGGAAUGGCUGCUCUGGCCACCUGCAGGCAGAGAGUUGGGGAAGUGGCUCCUGGUGGGAGGUUUCUCCCAGCACUAAUAUCUUGGUGUUCUAUAAAAUCUUUAUUGAGUGCCUACCGGUGCAGGCGCUGGGAGAGACAGUAGCUUUGAGGAGCUCGCAAUCUAGCUGAGGAGAUGAGACACAUCCAAUGCUGCCAAAAUGGUGAAUAACCUGAUUCAGUGUUAGCAGCAAUGAGCAUCACAGUGUCCAACUCAGUAGCUCCAGUGCAUGAAAAUGUCUCCAGAGCUGAAGGCUGGAGAUCCCACCAGUGGGGAAAGUACAUCUGAGUCAGGAUUUUGGGGGAAAGCUAGUUACUGAUAGCCACAGGAAGUUGAGAAUUCUGCCCCAUCCUCUCCAAUGGCUGGGUGAAAACCAAGAAUUCAUCGGAAGAUGGCUUUGGCCUGGAGGUAGCUAGGGUGGUCUAGGAAGGUCAUUCCCCUCUUAAUCUCAGUAUUUCAUUCUUUCUGCUGAGACUGGCCUGAAAGGCUGGCAAGUGGGAGGGAGUCAAUGGAGAGGCCAGGAUAGAACUAGAGCUGGUGUCCCAGGUUCCAGUCUAGGCUCUUCACUGACAAAGUGGGCAACACUAGAAACUUCCCUUUGUCUCUCUGGGCCUCAGUUUCCUCAGUUACAACCUAAGGAGGUUGGAUUGGAUGCUUGCUAAUUUUCUUCUGACACUCACACUUUGUGAUCCUCCCUAACAUCAACGCAUCUUCUUCAAGGUGGCAGAGCUGUGUGCCCACCCAACUGUUGAAAAGGACUUUCUGUGGGCACACACUCUGUUUCAGACUGGGCUGGGGGCACACAUACUGAGUGAGACAGUGGGCCCUGGUCCCCUCCCCCUCCCAAUUCUCUGCCCCAGGCUAAUAUUAGGGACUGGGGAGGGGACCACCAGAAGUAAGAGGGAAGCUGCUUACUUUGGGGUUAGACCCUGAAGCCCCCGCUUCUUCCCAUCUCUGGGGACCUUGUCCACUGCAGGUGGGGACAGGAGGUGAUGGGGCACUCAGAACCCUGCAGCUCCCACUUCUUUAGCCUGGCAGCUGUUUGGGGGAGAAGAGAGGGCCGGGGUCUGUGCUUCUGCUCCUGGCACUGGUCAGGGAGUCUGGGAAGAGUGGAGAUGAGGCAGGGUCAGGCCUCAGCAUCUCACAUCCACCACCUCCAGGAGGGGAGACCACUGGUAAGUCCUCCUCCUGCUCAACUCAAGGGACUCAGACCCUUUCUUGACUGAGACGCAUGAGUGCCUUCUGGGGUGAGAGCAGCCCCAGGGUUUAAGUUGGGCGUCCUAGCCGCUGCCGCAGCUGUGCCGCCGCGGGUCCACCGAGGAUGCCAAUCAAUCAACCCAACACCACAAGCCUGGCUGGGUGCAAGCAGAGGGUGAGCAGGGGCUGCCCCUCCACCUGGCCAGGACCCCCUUCGGCCCCCUGUCGCCCUUGGCCACCACCUGUGGCAGGACUCAAGCUCCUCUUCUGCAAAUGUUCCCAGCCUCCGUGCAAGUAUUCUUAACUCUUUACGCCUAAUGAACAAGCACAGUUUUUUCAAUGGUGAAGAAAAAAGCACCAGACUUUUUUUCUUUUUUUCCUAAAGAAAUCCCCUAAGCCCCCCGCCUGCCGGUGGGACGAACACUCCCUGCGUGGGGCUGUAGCAACGUCCGUCAGGCCCCCUUGUGUUUCAUCUCCUGCGCGCGUAGAGCAAAUGCUAGAGCGAUUUCAGCUGAUAGAAAAACAAAAAUGAAAAAAAAAUACAAAAAACAAAAAACAUGGCACGUUGCUAGUUUACAGGGUUUUGUGAGUUUAAAUGCCUUAUAUUUAACAAUCAUAAUUUAUGACUAACUUGUAGAUAUCGUGGGUUCUUAUUUAAUUAUUUUUAUAGUUGUUUUGCAUUUUUAAUUAUAAUUUAUUUAUUUAGAAAGGAUACUAAUUUUUUUUAUUACUCCUAUUACCUCAUUUUGGCGUUGUUUCUGGGAGUGGAAUGCUUUGCAUGCAUUGGUACGAUGACAAACAACUACGAAUACAAAAAAAAAUUUAAAUAAAAUUCUGCAAACUUUA